UCUUUAAAGGGGGAGUAGCCUUGCUAUAGAUGAUGCUGAGGAUCACAAUCUCUCCAGACCCUUAAAGAGACUGAGGAUGUUUGUAGAUGACGUAGAAAAACAAAUCAUUGGUCAGGGUUUAGUCUUGAUGUUUUGUCUUCCUGCUUCUCUGUCCAGAUCUUUGUAAGGCACAGAUGGACAAGCAGCUGAUGCGGUGCAGCUCUCUUCACAGUGUACUCCAGCGAGGACCCGGAGGCGUCUUGAAAUAGAAUUUCAGGGGAGGGGGAGGACAGAAAAGAAGAGUGGGUGGGGGGAAUUUUAGAGAGAGAGCAUUGGUAUGCCAGGCUCAGUACCUAGCAUGGCUGUGCAGAAGAAGCAGAGUGUCAUCCCUCCAUCGCAGGGACCACUUCCUACACGUACCAUCGAGAGCCACAGGACUGGAAACAAAUCUGAGAACACGAGAGCUAGCAAUGGACUAAAUGUUGAUGAGAGGCUGAAAGCAGCUCGAGAAAGAAGAGAGGAACACCAGAAGUUACUUGCUUCCAGGGAACUGAGUCGAUUGGAGCGGGAACAGCGGGCCCAGAGGUACUAUGAACAACAACUGCAGGAGCGCAAGAAGAAGCUGCUGGAGCAACGGCUCAAAGAGGAGAGGAGGCGUGCCGCGGUGGAGGAGAAGCGCCGGCAGAGGCUGAGAGUGGAGAAAGAGCGGUAUGAAUCUGCAGUACGCAGGACGCUGGAGAAGAGCCAAAGGGUCCAACAGCAGCUCAGCCAAAACUCCCGAGGAAGGAAGCCCGCAAAGAAUGCUCACACCUUUACGCCGAUCAAUACACUAGUUCCACGUCGCUUGCCUCUGACAACGUGGGAGAAGAAUCUGGUCAGCCGCCUCCUUGCCCCCACGUGCUCUUAUCUGGCUAGGAGCAAGAGUGCUGCUUGUCAGUCAGGAGUGGAAGUUGUCCAUGUUUGUCGCCGUGCAGUUUCAUACCACUCUGUGAAUACCACCACCCCCUGCAUCACUCAUAAACUCCAGCACCACCCUUGUUCAGCCAACCACAGGCCACCUGCCUCCCCCAAGUCCAACGCCAACCAGCACAGAAGCAGCAGUCCAGCACAGAUCGAAGCCGUGAGACGAGAUGUCAACAAGAAGGGCUCAAAUGGUGGUUCAGGCAAUAAAUCAAGAGUGAAACCUGCCACGGGUUCUCAAAUUAGAACAACCUCCCCAUCACCAGAGCGGAGCCCUCGACGAUCGAUCAGCAGACAUUCGAGACCGCUGCAGCUGGAGCUCCCAUCUGUUCCGGAAGAGGAUGCUGCUGCAUGCGGCUCUACCUUCUCUGCUGGCAACACAAGGCCUGUGAGGGGAUCAGGUAAAGGUCAGCCAGAGAAACAAAGACAAGGCGAUCCACCAGAGACUCCGUGUUCCAACCCGUCCGACUCUCAGCCUGAGGCUUUAUCCAGAACAGCUCUGGGUGGAACUGCUCAGGCUCCUGAGGUCGUGACCCAGCCCUCCUCUGGCACUUCAGACCCAGAGGAAGCGUCACGUCUUUUGGCUGAGAAGAGGAAAGUGGCUCGACUAAAACGGGAGAAAGAGGAGCAGGAACGCCCACAGCGAGAGGAAGAUGAAAGGUGUAACCGUGAGGAACCGGAUCGCAGGAGAGCUCAGGAGCGAGCUCAACAGGAGGCUGAGGCCCAGAGACUCGUAGAAGAGAAGAGGAGGAGGGAGGAAGAGGAGCAGAGAAGAGCGGAAGAGGAGAGAGCUCAGGCUAAAAAGGAAGCUGCCCUUCUGCAGAAGCAGAGAGAAGAAGAAUUAUCAAAAGAAAGAGAGAGAGCUGAAGAACUGAAGAGAGAGCGAGACACUGCAGCACAGAAAGACGAGGCGGAACGCCAAGCAAGAAAAAAGAGACUUGAGGAGAUCAUGCGGAGAACCAGAAGGACAGAUUCUCCAGAUACAAAACCUGCACUAGCGAGGAUCCUUCCAAGUCAGUCCCAACCAAAAGAAAACACAGUGCCUGCUGUGCAAAACGGAACGAUAGAGGACGCUGUCAAGCUGCCAGUAGGGGCCAAGUCCUCCCAGCUGGGGUUCAGCAACGAGGAGGACGUGGUACCGGUGGUGGCCUUCAGAGAGCGAAGAUCACUGAGAGCCCUUUCUGGUUUGGAGGAGAUCCAGACCCAGCAAAGAGCAGAAGUCAUCUGAUGUCCUGCUGAGUAGACAGGGACAUCGUUGGAGAGCCGCAGGAAGCUGCAGAACAGCCAUGUUGUUGCUAACCUUCAGCGCCUUGAUGGAGCAUGUAAACUCACAGCCUUGCCUCCUCGGGAGGACGUCAGCAUCUUCUUACUAAUCUGUUUGUAGUCAGUGGCACAAAUAUUACAUCAGUUAAAUAUUACAUAUUAAUCUAAAAUAGCAGAAUUCUGAUCACUUACAGACGUAUCCUAAAGUGCUGUAGAGCUCGUACCUGAUGAUAGUUUGUUGUCAAAGGCCGUUACUGACCACUCCAACAGUCACAUCUUGUUCUGUGCUUUUCUGCUCUUACCUGAUAGCUCUUGCUUCCAAAGUGCUCUGCCUUCCUUUGCAGAUGUAGAAUAGAUCAAGACGUGUGUCUGUGAAACAUGAGUUACUGCAAUCGGAGAGACAACAAUCAAAUAUGUAAAAGCUGCUACAGGAGCAUAGCUUCCAAAGACUUGCUUUAAUUUUAUAAGUGUGUGUGUGUGUGUGUGUGCGUGCGUGCGUGUGUGUGUGUGUGUGUGUGUGUGUGUGUGUGUGUGUGUGUGUGUGUGUGUGUGUGUGUGUGUGGUUUUAGAGGAUACAAUGCACAAUGCUGUUUUUGCACUGACUGUUGCUUUGAUGUUGUGCAACCACCCAACAAAGCAAAGUCCCGUAGGUUAAAUGUGUUUAUUAUAAUAAAAGUAGAAAAUGUGACGGAUUCUUCCUAUUUGAUCUAAUAGCUUAAGUGCUGCUCAUGACUAGCUUGUUAAAGUGUCUGAAUAUAUGCCAUAAUUGAUUAAAGUUGAAUCUAUGCUCAAUCUA